AUGAAUUCUACUACCGCUAUUGUCGGCUCGUCGUCUCCCGCAAGGCCCUCCUCCUCCGAGUUCGAGGUGGGGAUGGAGGAUAUUGAUGAGGAUGAGUACGAUGCUCGGCGGAGUAAGCCUGAGGAAGUAACCGUCCAACUCGCCAUGAGUUUUCUCCACUCUUCCUUAUAUCUCUGCCUCCUGCAAGGCUUUAAUGAGCUUACCGAAGUCAGAGUUCGGGUAGAACGUAAACGGGCAGAAAUGUACGGUAACGGGAUAGACCAUGUCACUGCGGAAGAUGACGGUGGAAUCUGCAGAAUGAAGCGGCAGGCCCUCGGGUGGUCAUUAGAGCACCCGUACCUCGCGUUGCUCGAAGCUAAGAGGGCUUUUAAACAUGUCCACAUUGACAAUGCAACAGGAGAGAUUCAUCCAAUCGUGUCAAAUGACACACUCGCUCAGUGCCUGGGCGAAGCUGUGAUUACUUGGAAGGCUACUCGGCAAUUAGUAGGACAGGAUGUUUUCCUUAUAGCAGCAGCUAACACCUUUCUGCGGUUUAUCCAUUUUCGUUUUGGUUCUCAUUACGCCGAUUAUAUUGAUGCAGUCGACAGCUCGACGCAGGAGGGGCUUCUAAAGGACAUCGGGAAGGAUACGUAUGUGCAUAUGGAAAGUUCGAAAUGGUUCAAUUUGCAAUCAAGCGGAGGAAGAAGAAUCGCACUAUGCCACGUUCUGGCGCUCCUGAGGUGGCACGAUGCCCAGCAUCAAUUAUCCGAGAUGGUGGACGACUCAAUAGCCUCGGACAGCGACUUUUCUAUGGAAUAG